CCCGUUGCCAAGGCUACAACCGUCUCCAGGGUUGAAUCUUCUGUAACUGUUGGGCGCUCUGGAGUCUCUGAACCUCCAUUCUCCGGCCCCUACACUUUUCUGGAGCGGAGGCGAGGGCUCGGAGAAGGCUGAGAGGCCAAGGGAGAACCCCUCGCGAGUUCUCCCGAGCCUCUCUGAAGCCGACCAUCAGGAUGAAGAAGUUUUUCAGCUUUGGCAGCAAGAGAGAGCUGUCUCCCUCUCGAGCCUCCUUCGUCCCGCGGAGGGACAGCGGGGUCCGAGUUUUCGGCCCUAAUUCAGGAUACCUCCUCAGGGCCAAGGACCUGGGGAAGAUCCACAAAGCUGCCUCCGUCGGGGACGUGGCGAAGGUGCAGUACCUGCUGUUGCUGGGGAAGGCAGGCGUGAACGAUCGGGAUAAAGUGAACCGGACGCCUCUACACCUGGCCUGUGCUAAUGGAUAUCCAGAUGUUGUUUCUCUGUUAGUAGAGAGAAAAUGCAAACUAAACCUGCGAGACAAUGACAGCCAAACACCUUUAAUUAAGGCAGUAGAGUGUCAGCAGGAGGAGUGUGCAACUAUCCUGCUUGAACAUGGUGCAGAUCCUAAUCUUGUGGAUGCCAGCAACAACGCUGCACUUCACUACGCUGCCUCUGGACAGAACACAGCCAUAGCAGCAAAGCUGCUGAGACAUAAAGCAGAUAUGGAAGCAAAAAACAAGGAAGGCUAUACACCACUUUUGCUUGCAGUUACAGAAAAUAACCAAGAUAUGGUAGAUUUUUUCUUAAAGAAUGGAGCAAAUGUGAAUGCCUCGGAUAGGUUUAAAAGAACAGCCCUGAUGAUUGCUAGCAGUGGUGAACCAACAGGCAUAGUCAGUCUUCUUCUUCAAUAUGAUAUUGAUCUCUCUUGCCAAGAUACAUAUGGAUGGAAAGCUGAGGAAUAUGCUAUUUUAAGCGGUUAUUCCAUUCAUCUCCAACUAAUUAAUCAGUAUGCACUACAGAAGGCACUUAAUCAGCCCCUUUCACCCCAAAUCGGCAGUUCAGAGAGGGCUUCUGAUACAGAAUUUACUUUGGGUAGACCUGCCAUGGACCGAGAAGACAUGAUGCCAGCAUUAGGAUUGAAAGAGGAAGAAGAUUCAGAAUCUCUUUGGGGUUCAGAGCAUGCCACUGAAAGUCUCCCCAGAGGAUCUGCCAGGCAUAAACCUGCAGCCACAAAUCAAACAAUAAAAGACAAUAUUUCAAUGGGACAACAUGAAGAUAAUUCUGAUUGGGAUUCUCCCAGUAUUCCUCAGAAAAAUGAGUUUUACAGAAAUUUGAAGACUUUGAAAUCGAAUGGGAAUUAUCCUUGCCAGUCACUGCCACUGAUCAGCAAUCAAUCAGGAUGCACAGAAUUUGGAAAGAUUCCUUUAAAAGAAGAUGAAGCAGGUGGAGCUGGAAGUGGCCCUGAGACUGGGUUUGGGGUUGUGAUUCUAGUAGAAAAACCAUUCCCUCAGAAGCCUUUAAAAGAAGAGGAAGGUAAAAAAGAAUUGGAAUUUAAAGGAUCAUCAGAGGAAGGCCAAGAAAGUUUUUCUAAAAGUGACCAGGAACAGGUAUGUAAAAAUGGUAUUCAAAUUUCAGAUAUAUUACUUCAGUUUAAAACCUCUUGGUUACCCUCAACCUGGUUUAGCCCAUCUGCCCGUCUGCCAAAAUGUGUGGGUGGGUGGCCGAUGCACAUGCUAUAUCACUUCUUGGAGCCACAGGAAUCAUUUACAUUCAAGGAUAUGGCUAUGGAAUUCACUGGAGAAGAGUGGGUACAAUUGAACCCAUCUCAGAAAAAGUUGUACAGAGAUGUGAUGCUAGAGAACUAUAGGAAAUUGGUCUCUUUGGGAUUUGCAAUUUCCAGACCAGAUGUUGGAAAGAAAAGAAACAUCUUGAAUGCCAGAGGCAGAUAUUCCAGGAGACACAAGGAGAUAUUCCAGACACAACUUACAGUGCAUCAAAGAAUUCAUAUUGGAGAGAAUCCUUAUGAAUGUAAUGAGAAGAAGGAAUAUCUUACUCUACAUCAGAGAAUUUAUACUGGAGACAUCCUUAAUAAAUGUUGUCUCCAGGUUGAAGAAGAGCAAAAUGACACUCAAAGACAGCUUUCUCAGGAGCAGAGUGCCAGAGCUUUGCAAGACAGCAUUCUGAAUGAUCCUCUUUGGAAGCAAAAGCAAAUAGAAGCAGCUGGUUCCAAAAGCAUUCAGAGUUCUGAGGUUCCUGAUAGCAAUGAAAAAGAAAAAUAUCUCCUGCAUAAGAAUCAAAACCUACAGGAUGAAGUUGCCAUGCUUAAACUGGAACUAGACACAGUAAAAAUUAAAGAUCAGGAGAAAGAAAAUCAAUAUACAGAAGAAAAUGAAGUUUUAAAAGAAAAGAAUGAGGAGCUUGAAAAGGAAUUACAACUGAAUGAAAAAACAUUAACAAAAAGAAUAUCCCAGUACAGUGGACAAGUAAAUGUUCUGACAACUGAGAAUGCAAUCCUGAAGUUUAAAUUGGAAAAUGAAAAACAAAACAGAGACAGACUAGAGACAGAAAUUGAAUUAUACCGUUCCUGUCUAACUUCUUCUAUUCAUGAUAAUAAACAAAGUCAGACAUCAAAACUAGACCUUGAGCAUAGCUUUCAGCGAGAACGAGAUGAGUGGCUUCGUUUACAAGACAAACUAAAUUAUGACUUGUCUAGUCUAAGAGAGAACAAUGGUGUCCUUUCUCAAGAGCUCUCUAAAGCUGAAAGUAAAGCCAAUAGUUUAGAAAAUGAGCUACACCAUGUACGUGAUUCCCUCAGAGAAAAGACACUAAUUUUAGAAAGCACACAGAGAGAAUUAAACCAAGCCCAAUAUAAAGCAAAGGAACUAGAACACACAAAUCAAAUGGAAAAGGAAAAACUGAACAAAUAUGUCAUCAAACAAGAAUCUAUCCAAGAAAGAUUAGCCCAAAUCCAGAGUGAAAAUAUGUUGCUUCGACAGCAGCUUGAAGAUGCUCAAAACAAAGGCAUCCUUAAAGAAAAGGUAUUGAGUGGUGCUCAGGUACAGUUUAUUGAUCUUUUCAAUAAACUUCGUGCUGAUACAGAAAAACAAGUUCAUAUGGUACAAGGCAGAAAUAAAGAGUUGAUCAAUGAAUGUCACCACUUAAGAGAGCAAAUGUGUAAAUAUGAAAAUGAGAAAGCAGAAAGAGAGCCUAAUACUGAAAGGGAAACAAUAAAGAAACUCAUUGAGGUAAAGCAAUCUCUGGAAAAUCGUCUACAACAAGAAAUGAAGAGAAAUGAUGAAUUACAGGAACUCAGUGGAUUUAAAAAACCAUUGAAAACAACAAAAAAAUUAAGAGAAUAUGAAGAAGAUGUUGUUCACAAGGGGGAACAUAAGCAAACACAUUCUGAAAUGGAUAGACAAAUUAAUAGGUUAAAAAAUAAGAUUGAAGACCUUACACAACAAUUGGAAGCAGAAUCUUCAAAAUGUAAACUGUUGGAAUCAAUUAAUCAGAGAUUUCGAGGAGAGUUAUUUUCUACGAAAAUCUUGCAAAAGAAAUGUGCCAAGCUGGAAGAGAACAAAAGACAAUUAGAAGAAGAAAUAAUUAAUCUUAAGCAUCAUUUGAAAAUUGCUAAACUAGAACGCAGUCAAGUAGAACAAUAUAAACGUGAGAUUGAAGAACGAGUGAGACAGGAGAUUAUAGAAAAACUAAAAGAAGUCAACCUAUUUUUACAGAUGCAAGCAGCAUCCCAAGAGAACUUAGAACAAUUAAGAGAAAAUAACAACGCUUCCCUAAGAAGCCAAAUGGAGCAACGAAUUAGAGAUCUGGAGUCUGAACUCUCCAAAAUGAAAAAGUCACAUCAAGAGUCUGCUGAAGCAGAGGUAGAAAGAUACAGACAGCUUAAUUCUGAAGAAUUAAAAAUAAAAAAAUCAUUAUCAGUCAAAUUAAACAGUCCAGUUCUGGAGCCACCACAUCUUGGGAAUGUUAAUACCCAUAUGUUCCUCAGGAGAAGUCGUAUUCCAAGAGGAAAUUCAGCAUUUUCUACUCAAAAUAUCAUGUCUUCAGAAAGCAGAGUGGGGGGCUACUUAGCAAAGGAUGUGAAUAAUAACCACCCACAUUGGUACAGUGCCUUCCUUCUAACAACACUGUGGGGGAAUCCUCCAGCUAAAGGGAAUACCUUAUUGUACACCAGACAAUUCAUGCUAGAGCAGGUCUCAUAACUUAUUUCGCAUGAGAGAAUUCAUAAUGG